AUGGACUCGCUAGCUGAUGGUACAUUUGUCAAAAUAACUAGGCCUAACGUAUUAGCAAGUAUAUAAAUGGAACUGGGACAAAUAAAAGAGAGAUAGAAAGAAAAAAUACAAAAAUAAGACCUAAAUACAAUUCUCAUGUAAAAUCUCAAGUAAAUGAUUAAUAAGAAAGUAGAAAUUUAGUAUUGA